UAUAUGUAUUAUUACAAUGGAAAAUAUAACUACGACGCAGGCAUAAAAUGAGGGACGAAGUCGUAACAGUAGUAUGUAUUGAAAAAUGUAUAAAUGGAUUUUAAUAUGAAUAUGAUUACAAAACUUUUUUUUGUGGACGAUAUUUUGUGUGUGGUCGACAUUAAUUUUCAAAUUAUUGGAAUCCCGUUGCUCUAGUCAUAGCGACGUAUAACUGGCCGUGUGUAAACAUCGGAGUUAGUAAAAAUACAUCUACACGAUUUAGAGUCUAUGCUUUGUUUGUUGUGGAUGAGAAUACCAGUUUUAUAGGAAACUGCACCUGUCUUCAUUUUCGGCGAGUUGGAGUGUUCCUUAUCUGUUCCGAAGCUCUCACUUGCGGAUUUUGCAUGUUACUUGGAGAGCUAAAGUGUCCCAGCUCUGUCCUGAAGCUGUUACUUGAGGAUUUCCCUGUGUUAUUUGGAUAAAUUCUGAGGAAGGCGUCGUAUAGUUACUGACAUCACAAUGACCAGUUACCUUCAUCGUCCAGGUAAAGUCUCCUUCAUGUAUCAAACAAUCCCGCAACGCGUGAACCAGCUUGCUCAAAAUGACCCUGACAAACCAGCCAUUGUCGUUUAUAAAAACAAAGAGGAUCGACAACAGAUAACUCGGAAACAAAUUUACGAUGGUGCUGUAAAAUUUGCCAAAGCUCUUAUCAAUUUAGGAAUUCAGAAAGGAGAGUUGGUUGCCUACAGUGUAUCCAACUGUGUUGAAUGGUUGAUAUAUGAGAUCGGCAUAAUAAUGACUGGGGCAAUUUCUGUGAAAGUAAUGCUUGGAUUGGCAGAUUUUAAAACGGUAUUAUAUGGCUGCAGUUUAGUUGUAUUUGAUUCCAAAUAUAUUUGGGAAAACUUUCUUAAAAUCGCUGACAUUUCUGAUAAUGGGAAGGUUUCCAGUGAAAUAUAUCCAAACUUGAGAUUAGCCAUUGCUGUCUCAGAAGCGGAGCGUCCUGAAAAUGCUUUGUUUGCAGCUAAGUUGAUGGAAGACGUAAGUAGUAAAACUGAUGUAAUACUUCCCUCCAUAAGUCCUGAUGAUACUGCUCUAAUUUCUCAAUCAUCUGGUUCAACAGGUGCUCCUAAACGAAUUUGUCACUCACAUUUUAACUGGAUCAAUGGAUUUUACACAUUUUACACAGAUGCUGGUGUCAAUGAAAAAGACAAGGCUUACUGUAGCCGUCCAAUGGGAUAUGUUGUUGGCUAUCCGUCAAUGUUUUUGUCAAUUGGCUGCACACACGUCACGGGAGAUGUGACAAUGCUAAAUAAUAACGAAAACAUAGAUUUCAUUAUGAAUUUAUGGAAGACAGAAAAAUGCGACGUAAUAUGGGUAGUUCCACAGCGAUUAAAAUAUAUCAAAGAAUCAAGUUUCCGAGUAAAACGGAUUAUAUCAGGAGGAGAUUUAAUUGCAAGAGACUGGAUUGAAAAUUCUUUUCGUCUGGCAGACAAAUUUUCCCUCGGAUAUGGAAGUACUGAAACGGUAAUAUCAGCACAGAGACUAUUCUCCAAAGAAAAUAUGGACCAACAUGUAAAAGGAAUGUUAGGUCGACCGCUUCCAGGUUCAGAGGUUAAAAUCCUUGAUCAAAACAAAAAUGUUGUUCCCAUCGGAAGCAUUGGGUCUCUGUACAUUCGUAGUUGUUGGACGCAAAAAAUAUUUCAGGAUGGAACACAUUGUUUAGAAGAGGGUUGGAUACCUACUUCAGAUAUUUGUAAAUUGACUCCUGAAGGUGAUCUCAUAAUGAUAGGAAGAAGUGUAGAUUUUAUCAAAAAGUCUACGGUGAAGUUAUCCAUAAAAACUAUUGAAGAAUACGUCGGCCGUCACCCCAGCGUUGCAGAAGUGAUUGUGGUCCCAAUACCAGAUGAAAGCUUUGGUGAAUGUAUAUGUGCCUGUGUUACCAUUCUACCUGGUCACAAAUUCAAUAGAGAGGAUUUAACAAAAUUCUGCACAGAAACAAUGCCGCAUCCAAGUAACUUUGAUCAUGUAACAAUAAUACCGGACUAUUUCUUACAUUUUACCAGCUUUCCAAAGCUUCCCAGUGAAAAAUUUAACAAACAAUCCAUAAAGCGUUCUGCCAUUGAAAUGGUGAAGGAAUCAUACGGAAAGUAAAAUUCUGAAUUUUGUUUCUCAAUAAGUGUUGCUUUUCUAAUUAAAGAGAUAUUUCAACUGAAUUCUGUUUCUUAAAAACUAUUUCAUAGCACAUCGAUUUUAAAUCCCGUGCAAUGAAGUGAAAAAUAUUAUAGCCGUAAUUGAGAAUAUGGCGAGGUGAUGUCAGAACAUAGAGUUAAAUUUGUAAAAUGUUCUCGAAUACUUAUCUUUAAACUAUA